UGAGUCAUUCGUCGCAGGUCGCAGUUGCUAGUGGGCAGCAGGAAAGCAAGAACAAAAUAUAGAUCGAAAUCGAACGGAUCAUGCACGGAUUCGAGUGUAGCAUUAAUUUUUAGUAUUUCUAGUGAAAAUAAAAAUAUGCCUAAGGCCAGUCUAAUUUCGCCGCGAAAAAGUAGUACUCGUUCGGUCGAAUUUGUGUUAGUAUUAGCCGUGGUGUUGCAAUCCUUCGGCACUACCGCCGUAGUUAAUGGCUCGUUACUUAGUGAAGAAAAUGGGAAAAGUCUUGCCAGCAACGAUGUUGCCACUAAUAAGGACGAUGAAGAUAACUUUAGAAGUAAACAUUUGCUGCUUAUGACCGCGACCAGUGAUUUGACCGGAUUUGGGCUAAACGAUGAACUUCUGGUGAGAUUGGUGCAUAGUGAAGAAGACUGCUGGAGGCAAGAGGUUCCGGCCUUCGACGGAAGAGCACGUAUCUUAGAUCGAAAUGAUACGCAUAUGCAAGUGUCGGUGAAAUUCUACAACCAUCAGCAGAAGCACUUCAUAACCGAUAGUGGUGGGUUGCUCAAUAGCCGUCGACGACAGUGGAUAGUUGGUGUGUGUGCGAUGGCUGCUAACGAGCAGAAGGGCAACGAUUUGUUUUACUUGCCGAUUUCCAUCUCAUCGGCGCAAACGAAGAAGAAUGAGAUACCGCGAAUACAGCGUAGUAUCGCUAGUGAUGGAGACGAGGGGGUGAACAGUGUUGCAGAAUCGGUGGUAGCAGCGGUAACGACUUCGAGUCAGAACCUGAUGAUACAUGGCCUUCGCGUUGAAUAUGCCGAUAAGGAACCGACCAUAGACGAGGAUGCUGUUCCGUCUGUGUUGGCUCACUCUUCCGUAACGCUCCGGCUGUUCGGCACUGGAUUGAACGAAAAUACAAUGGUUAUUUUUACAAAUGAGCAUAAUGUAUAUGGAGGUUCCUGUCUGGUACCGGUGACCAAUAAAUUCCGUGUUACUAAGGAAUCUAUCACCGAGCACAGUGCAUUGGUCCGUAUCGAGCUUCCGCCUGGAACGAAUGGUAAAUACUUUUAUGUAUGUGCAAAGUAUGAAACCACCAUCGAAACUGCUUCCGAACAGUUGGCCAAAGCGGUGGAACCAUUCAUACACCAGGGAUCCAAACCGUGGAUGCGUAUGACUAGCCAUGAACCAUUCCUACCACUUUGGUUCUCACUUAUCAUCAUCGGAGUUUGCCUGAUGUUUUCGGCACUGUUUUCUGGAUUAAAUCUGGGUUUGAUGUCGCUGGAUAGGACCGAUUUGAAGAUCCUGUGCAACACCGGGACGGAAGAGGAAAAACGUUUUGCACGUGCCAUUCAGCCCGUUCGAGAUCAUGGAAACUUUUUGCUGUGCAGUAUUCUGCUUGGAAAUGUGCUGGUAAACUCGACGUUCACUAUAUUGCUGGACAGUUUGACAUCUGGAUUGAUUGCAAUUAUCUGCUCCACGAUCGCGAUUGUGAUUUUCGGCGAGAUAACACCGCAGGCCAUCUGCUCUCGUCAUGGUUUGGCCGUCGGAGCCAGAACGAUACUCGUCACCAAAGCUGUUAUGUUGGUAACGUUCCCAUUGUCUUACCCAACUUCGAAAGUGCUUGAUUAUUUGUUGGGCGAGGAAAUUGGCAACUUCUACAAUCGGGAGCGCCUGAAGGAACUUGUUAAAGUGACGACCGACAUAAACGACUUGGACAAGGAUGAAGUUAACGUUAUCUCCGGUGUGCUGGAGUUGCGGAGGAAAACUGUCGAAGAUGUAAUGACACGCAUCGAAGAUGCAUUUAUGUUAUCACUCGAUGCUGUGCUAGACUUUGAAACUAUCACCGAGAUAAUGAAGUCAGGCUUCUCUCGGAUACCGGUGUAUGAGGGAGAUAGGAAAAAUAUUGUUACACUGUUGUACAUCAAAGAUCUAGCGUUCGUUGAUCCGGACGAUAACACUCAACUGAAAACGCUCUGUGAGUUCUAUCAGAAUCCGUGUCAUUUUGUGUUCGAAGAUGUAACAUUGGAUGUGAUGUUUAAGCAGUUUAAGGAAGGCCACAAAGGUCACAUGGCAUUUGUACACCGAGUCAACAAUGAAGGCGAGGGUGAUCCGUUCUAUGAAACUAUUGGGUUGGUAACACUCGAAGACGUCAUAGAGGAGCUGAUCCAGGCGGAAAUUAUGGAUGAAACUGAUGUUUUCACGGACAAUCGCCGCAAGGUACGACGAGAUCGUAGCAAACUUCGCCAGGACUUUACAGUAUUUACUCAGGGUCGGGACACCACCUCCCAGCGUUUGCGCAUUUCUCCACAGCUCACACUGGCCACGUUCCAGUACUUGAGCACCUCGGUGGAAGCAUUUAAAUUGGAUAUGGUUUCCGAAACAAUUCUCCGUCGUCUGUUGAAUCAGGACAUUGUCCACCACGUCAAACACAAAGGAAAAGACCGAAAUGAUCCGAGCAUGUUCAUCGUCACCCGUGGAAAACCGGUGGACUUUUUCGUGCUCAUUCUGGAAGGUCGCGUUGAAGUGACCGUCGGCAGGGAGAACUUAAUUUUCGAGAGCGGCCCAUUUACUUACUUUGGAACGCAAGCAUUGAUUCAAAAUGUAGGCGUAGAUAUCCCAGUGGACUCGCCGCAGCAAAUCAUGGGUUCUCUACAAUCGCUCAACAUGGAUGCCCUGUUGCGUCACACCUUCAUACCGGAUUACACCGUCAAAGCGGUGACCGAGGUGGUGUACAUCCAAAUCAAGCGGAACCUGUACUUAGCGGCCAAACGUGCUACCCUGAUGGAACGUUCUCAACGUUUCGGCGAUCAGUCACUGGAACCGAUCGACGACGAGGUCGAAAAGCUGCUGCACUCGCUGGACGAAGACGAUCGAAGCUAUGGAGCGGACACCGUGGCUAACCUGCACACUCCGAAGGCCAGCAAACCUACUAGCAACGCCCCGUCACCGACGACGGUGCUAUCCGAUCACAACAAUGGACCAGUGCCGCCCAGUAGUCUCAGCGUCAGUGCUGCCAACAUGCGCACCCACAGUCUAGCGGUCACGUUCGACGAUUCCGAGAAGCCCUUGCUGACCCGUUCCAAAUCCUAAUGUUUGUUCCCAGAGAGCUCUACAAUAUACUGUUUUUUGCAAAGUAAGUUGAACGUAAUGUUUGUAGUCCUGGUUGUAGUCAAAGAUUAAUAUUAUCAUUAAACAACAAAUCAAAGCUAUUAUUAUAUAUAAGAUGAAUUAAUAAAAGAAAGUUUUAUUAUUUUCGUCCUAACGUUAAACAAAAGAAUUAACAGAUGAUAGUAGAAUGUAAGCGAAAAAUUUCAUCCUAGCUGGUUAUAGCUCUCCCGGUGUGGGGAACCGUGUUCAAAUGAGGUGUGUUCAUUUUGCGGAAUAUUCGAAAACCCCCUCAGCAAAAAACGACGAACAUUGGUUCCACCUCCAAACAAUUUGAAAUCAUAACUACACAGUACCUAUGUAGGUGAAAUCACGAAUUAAGUUCCUUUGUAGAGAGAAAAAAAAACGAAAAGAAAAGAAGACACGUCACGUUUCGGCUUGGAGAUAUCCCCGCCCCACAUUAGUAACUGGAUGGCAUUGAAGAAAAAUGCAGGUAUUAGUUUUUAUUUAAUGAUGCUACACAGAGUUUACACAUUUAAAACAAAAAUCGUCCCAGAGCAUUUCAUUACUGCAAUUUAGAAAACUUGUUGUGCAUUACCAUGAAUCAAAGCAGGAAAUUAUGCGAAUAAAAAUUACUUUUCACACAUUUGAA